CUUGAUCCAUCCAUCCAGCCCUUCAUGUCAGCAUUUGUCCAUCCUUUGUGAUAAACAGCUUGUCAAUGUGAGUCAGAGGGGGAUUUACAGAAAAAUAAACUGAUAUGAUGCAACUUCAGGACAAGCCAGGACGCCAGGAAACAUAUCAGGUUUGUGUUUCUCUCUCAUCUGUUGUCAUAGUGACUAUACAGAGAGUAACUAUGCCAUCUGGUUUCCUGAAGAUGCUGACAGUAUAGAUGAUCUCUUACUGACUGACCUACCUUCACCAAAUGUUGCUUAUUUGUGCUUGUUAGUGUGUGUCAUAUUAAAUUGGAUAAUAAACAGACACAUAUGUUGCCCCGAAUGGGGUCAGUGAGUGUAAUAUGGCAGGUCCAGCGGUGGAUUCACACAGGCUGUCUGUGAAAACAUGGACAGAGGAAGAGAACGACCGAGCUGACAGCACUCUCAGCAGCUCUUCAGAACUCCAGAGAAUGGCAGCAGCUGACCUAAGAGAAAUGAAUUCCCCCAAUUCCUUUCGUGGACGGGGUGCUCUGUCCAGGAUAGUAAGUAUGGUGAUGACUCUGAGAGAAUGGGCUCAAAAGAGUUUAGCAGAGGACACAGAGAGGCCCGAUUCAUUUUUGGAGCGUUUCAGAGGCCCCGCCCACAUGGAGAUACAAGCCCCGCCCAGCAGGUUCAGUCGCACCCACACUGGCUCCGAUAAUGAAAUUCGGCAAUCCAGACGCAUGAGGAGAAAGUGUAAGAUUGUGGUCUUAUCCCCCUCUGAUGAGGCAUACUACAACUGGCUGAUAGUGAUCGGUGCUGCUGUGUUUUAUAACUGGACCCUGCUGGUUGUUAGGGCCUGUUUCGAUGAGCUACAGAUGAGGAAUGUGUUGGUAUGGAUGGUUCUGGACUAUGUCUGCGAUGGAAUCUAUAUUCUGGACAUAGCUGUCCGUCUCCACACAGGUUUCUUGGAUCAAGGCUUGAUGGUGAAAGAUGUGAGGCGUCUGAGAGAAAAUUACGUUCGAACCUCCCAGUGUAAACUGGAUAUUGUCUCCAUCCUUCCUACCGACCUUUUGUAUUUGAUUAUUGGGAUCAGCUACACACCUUUUUUUCGCUUUAACCGGCUGCUGAGACUGUCACGCCUGUUUGAAUUCUUUGAACGUACGGAAACUAGAACAGGCUACCCAAAUGCCUUCCGCAUUUGUAAACUGGUUCUGUACAUCCUAGUGAUCAUUCACUGGAAUGCCUGUGGAUACUACAGCUUCUCCAAAGUCCUGGGACUGGGCUCUGAUUCUUGGGUUUAUCCUAACAUUUCUGAUCCUGACUUUGCCUCACUGACCAGAAGUUACAUAUACUGUCUGUACUGGUCCACCCUGACACUGACGACCAUUGGAGAGACACCUCCUCCUGUUAGAGAUGAAGAAUAUUUGUUUCUAAUAUUUGACUUUCUGGUUGGGGUUCUGAUUUUUGCAUCUAUUGUGGGAAACGUGGGAUCCAUGAUCUCCAAUAUGAAUGCUACGAGAGUGAUCUUUCAGAGUCGCGUUGAUGGCCUGAAGCACUACAUGCAUUUCCGACAUGUCAGUAAGGUGCUAGAGCAGCGUGUCAUUCGCUGGUUUGACUACCUCUGGACAAAUCAGAAGACAAUAGAUGAACAGGAAGUGUUAAGGAGCCUUCCAAAUACACUGAGAGCAGAGAUUGCCAUUAAUGUUCACCUGGAAACACUAAAGAAGGUACGUAUUUUUCAGGACUGUGAAGCUGGACUCCUGGUGGAGUUGGUAUUGAAACUUCGACCGCAGGUUUUCAGCCCUGGAGACUAUAUCUGUAGAAAGGGAGAUGUGGGAAAGGAGAUGUACAUAAUCAAAGAUGGACAGCUGGCAGUGGUAGGUGAGGAUGGAGUCACCCAAUUAGCUGUCCUGACAUCAGGAAGCUGCUUUGGAGAGAUCAGCAUUCUGAACAUCAGCGGUAGCAAGAUGGGCAACAGGCGUACAGCUAAUAUUCGCAGUCUGGGAUACUCAGAUCUCUUCUGCCUUUCCAAACAAGACCUAAUGGAGGCACUUCAGGAGUUUCCAGAUGCCAGGGUCCAGCUGGAGCAGAGGGGGAGAGACAUCCUGCAGAAGGAGGGACUUCUGGAGGAAGUCAACAUUUCUGCAGGAGAAGAGCUUGAGGAGAAAGUGGAAAGGAUGGAAGGUGGCCUGGAUCGACUACAGACAUGUUUAGCUCGUCUACAGAGUGAAUUCAAUUCUUCCCAGCUUCGAAUAAAACAGCGAAUCACAGCCCUUGAGCACAACAUCACCACAGCAGUAACAGGCAGUGGCUUCCUGUCAGACGUCGAUGGCAGUGAGAGUAUCUGUGGUGGCGAAGGAGUGCGCAGUGAAAUCAACAUUUGUCUCUGAUGGAAACAACUGAAAAAAAUAACAUCAUAAACAUCAAAUUUGUUUUGAUAUUAACUGCAUAGUAUCUGACAAUACCUAAAAAAACUGAUAGGUUUCUGAACAUUAAAUGUAAGUACAAGUAUGUACCUCACACACAAACACACCCUUUAUUGUUUGGUCAAGUAAUUAUUUUGAGUUGUACUGUAAUGUAUGUUAUUGUAUUUAAUCAGUUGAUUAUUAUCACUAGUAAAUCACUUAAUAAAGAUUGACUUUAUUUGUGUAUGGUGGUAAAACAUCAGGGGCCUCAUGUACAAAGGGUACUUAGGCAUGAAAACCUGGCGUAAGCACGAGACAGAAUUAUUGACAGAAUCUCUAGGAGCAGCCUGCGGCCAAAGGGGGGCUGGUUUGGGGACCACAGGGUUGCAUCUUGGAUCAGUUGCGGAUGACGUUGUCCUGUUGGCUUCAUCGGACCAGGAACUCCAGCGUGCGCUGGGGUGGUUUGUAACUGAGUGUGAAGUGGCUGUGAUGAGAAUUAGUUCCUCCAGGUCUGAGGCCAUGGUUCUCGACCGAAAAAAGGUGGCUUGCUCUCUCCAGGUUAGAGGAAAGUUACUGCCCCAAGUGGAGAAGUGGGAGGAGCGUAAGAUUGAUUGUCGGAUCGGUGCGGCGGCUGCAGUAAUGCGGUCGGUGUAUCGGUCCGUCGUGGUGAAGAGGGGGCUGAGCCGAAAGGCGAAGCUCUCACUUUACCAGUCAAUCUAUGUUCCCACCCCCACCUACGGUCAUGAGCUUUGGGUCAUCACCAAAAGGACAAGAUCACAGAUACAAGCAGCCGAAAUUAACCUCCUCUGCAGGGUGGCUGGGUGCACCCUUAGAGAUAGAUUGAGGAGCUGUCACCUGGGAAGAGCUCGGCAUAGAUUUGCUGCUCCUCCACAUCGAGAGAAGUCAGCUGAGGUGGCUCUGGCAUCUGGUUCGGAUGCCUCCGGGACGCCUCCCUGGGGAGGUGCUCCGGGCAUGUUCCACUAGUAGAAGGCCCCGGUGAAGACGCAGAAAGCGCUGGUUCGGGGAGAGGGAAGUCUGGAACUCCUUGCUUAGACUGCUGCCCCCAUAACCUGGCCCUGGAUAAAGCGGUUGAAAAUGGAUGGAUGGAUUUAAUUCUGCCCUAAUCAACCAUUAUAUGGAAACUUGAUGGCUUACUGAGCUACAGAUCAUUGUGUCCCACACAGCUGGCAUUGCUUGGCUCCCCCUGGAUGCCCCUGUGGCAGGAACCCUAGUGUGGUCAGCAGCUGGAUGUGCACUGGUCGUGCGGGAUCAGGCACCUCUACCAGAUUCUGAUAGAUGAUCUAUUAGAUAUUGUAACAGAUCAUCAAACAGUGCUGUAGAAUACAUGUUUGCACCGUUUUGACCAUAUUUUUAUAUCAUCAUAUCUAAUUGCAAGCACGUGGCUGUUUAUUGAUUAUUGAUCACUUUUCUCGGGUGUGACUAAUGAUCGUUUAUACAUGAUCAACAGUUUCCCAGUUUCACCUGAGUGUCGCCAAGGGACGAAUAGCUGUAGAAAAGUAAUUACGCUAGCCAGGGAGCUACCAAAGAUCUGCUUACUUAGUUUUUGACAAAUCUAAAUGGUACGAUCCUCCCAGUGUAAACUUGACAUCGUCUCCAUCCUUCCUACCGACCUUUUGUAUUUGAUUGUUCGGAUCAGCUACAGACCUUUCCUUCGCUUUAACCGGCUGCUACGACUGUCACGCCUGUUUGAGUUCUUUGAACGUACGGAAACUACAACAGAUUACAUGUGGCUUGCACUUACAUUUAAUGUAGAUUUGUGCUUAUGCCGGGUUUUUGUGCUUACAUUUCUUACAUGAGGCCCCAGAGCUAGUGAUUUUAAUUUUGUUUUUUUCUCUAUAUGUUAACCAAAUAAAAUGUAUGCAGAGCAACAAACAUUUAAUAAAGAAGGAAUUAUGAGUUGA